GGCGGAGGGAGAGGACACUUCCAGAGAUGGCGUCUCUGCUGCAGGCUGAUCGAGUGCAGUAUCUCGUUAGCGGGGAGAAAAAGAUCCGCUCUCCGUUGUCGCAGCUUUACUAUUGCCGCUACUGCAGCGAGCUCCGCUCCCUGGAAUGCGUCUCUCACGAGGUCGAUUCCCAUUACUGUCCAAGCUGCUUGGAAAAUAUGCCAUCAGCUGAGGCCAAGCUGAAAAAGAACAGGUGUGCUAACUGCUUUGACUGCCCAUGCUGCAUGCACACCUUGUCCACACGUGCCACCAACAUCCCUUCACCCCUCCCUGAUGACCCUGCCAAGACCACCAUGAAGAAAGCCUACUACCUGGCCUGCGGCUUCUGCCGCUGGACCUCGCGUGAUGUUGGGAUGGCAGACAAGUCCGUGGCCAGUGGAGGUUGGCAAGAGCCUGAGAACCCUCAUACCCAACGCAUUAACAAGCUGCUUGAGUAUUACCAGCAGCUUGCUCAGAGAGAGAAGGUGGAGUGGGAUCGCAAGAAGCUUGCGCGCCGUCGCACCUACAUGCCACUGGCGUAUUCGCAACACACAAUUCAUGUGGUGGAAAAAUAUGGGCUUGGAACAAGACUUCAGCGUCAGAGAUCUGGAGCACCUAUAAGCGGUCUUGCAGGACUUUCACUGAAAGAGGGCGAGGAUCAGAAGGAGAUAAAGAUUGAACCAGUGCAGGCACUUGAGGAGGUGGAGCCCUUACCUGAGGACUACUACACACGACCCAUUAACCUGCCAGAAGUCACCACGCUCCGGCAGCGCCUUCUGCAGCCAGAUUUCCAGCCAAUCAGUGCCUCCCAGCUGUACCCGAGACACAAGCACCUACUGAUCAAGCGUUCCCUGCGCUGCAGAAAAUGUGAGCACAACUUGAGCAAACCGGAAUUUAAUCCAACUUCCAUUAAAUUCAAAAUCCAGCUGGUGGCUUUGAAUUAUAUCCCUGAGGUGAGAAUCAUGUCUAUUCCAAAUCUGCGAUACUUGAAGGAGAGCCAGGUUCUCCUGACUUUGACCAACCCUGUAGAGAACAUCACGCAUGUGACCUUGCAUCCAUGUGAGGAGGGAGACCAGGAUGAUCUGAACAGCACUGCUACGGUUGUAGUGUCUCCUAAAUUGCUGCUCUUGGCUGGCAAGGAUGCUGCAGCAGAAUAUGAUGAGCUGGCAGAACCACAAGACUUCCAAGAUGACCCAGAUGUCGUUGCUUUCAGGAAGUCCAACAAGAUUGGAUUUUUCAUCAAGGUGACCCCGCAGUGCGAGGAGGGCGAGGUGACCCUGUCCUUUAAAAUGCGACAUGACUUCAGGAACCUGCCGCCACCCAUCCGUCCCACUGAAGAGGGGGAGCAGGGAAACGAGCCCAUCUGGCUGACUCACCAUGUGGAGCUGAGCCUGGGGCCACUGGCAGCUUGAACUGGGGCAUCGAGAGGCAGAUGGGCUGGGAGCAGGGGUUUAGCCAGGACCUCAGAGAAGCAUUUUCCAUUUAUGACCCUUAAAAUAAACUGCAGUAACAAAAAGACGGCACUGUCUGUUAGUGUAAGGUAGCCUCUAUUCAAAGCAGUGAAAGCCAUCCAAAACAAUUGUUUGGGUAGCUGUAGGAAAACCUGUUGGUGGUCGUAUUUGCAAGUUGAUCUGUAGACGACUGUCUGACAUUUUAUAUAGUUGGACAUUUAGCUUGGUGAUAUUGAAGUAAUUUGGGCACAGUCAAUAGGAUUACAGUUGCAGAGUCAUUUCUGAUAUUUCACAGUUUAGCCCUGAUUUUUAUUCUACGCUUUGCUGAGCUUGUUUUAUUGUCUGUGUUGGGAAUGAAACUCAAGUGCAGUGCAUGGUUAGUAAAGCUACCAAACUGAAUGCACUUUAUUACAGGGCAAAACCUGGUUUUAUUUAUAUAAACAAUGUGUGUGUUUCACUGAACUCAUGCACAGGCAACAUGUACAAAUAAUGACCUCUACUUAGUGAAGCUACUUAAAAAUUAGUAAUACAUGGAAAGGGUAAAACACAUAAUUAUCUAAUUCUUGGGCAGUCCCCACUGCUGUCUUUUUAAAGUGGUUUAUUUUUAAAGGCGUUUUUUUUGUGGGUUGCAUGUAAAACAGGUUGAACUGUAAACAAUACAGUAGGUAUAGCUUUAAUGGGUACCCAUUGUCUUCAGUUCUUGUUGGAAAACAGCAGGCAAAAUUUAAAUAGAGUUGUUGUAAAAAGGAUCAUAUGGAAUGUGGUGGUUAGGUUAAAGAAAUUAAUAUUUUUAAUCUUUUGCCAGUCUGCAUUCUUGCAUUGUGGUUGCUGGUAACCCAUGUGUCUCCUCUCUGGGAAUUUUAGUGGCUGAGGCUUAGGGAGCCAUAGUGGAAGCAUGGAGUAAACAGCAAGGGGCAAUAUAUCGUUUCCUUUUUACCCCUCAUUUUCUCAGACAUGCUAUUGUCCAAUAGUAAUUUGAUAUCUUUUAGGAAACAGUAAGAGACAGCAUUUGAGAUGUAACUUUCAGUAGUGAUUCUGGUUUUUGGAAGCGCUCUCCUUUUCUUUCAGCAGUUUUGUCAUCUGAUGGGGUGACAAUAGAAACAAAUGGUCUCCUUUUGAGGUUUUUGGUAAGAUACUGUGUUGACCCUUGAAAAAAUGAACCAAGAUUUUGCAAAUACCUUAAUACCUUUACACCCCACCGCUCCCUUUUUAAAUAACAUUCAGAUACUUCCAAACAAAAAGCUCUGUAGAUAACACUGACAGCAAUGGCAGAUGGCUAGAACUUGAGGACUCCUGGAGCACAGUAUGAGAUUGUCCGAGACAGUGCUGUUCCAGUGCUUCACUGCCCUUGACUGACAGCUCUACCCGUUCUGUUAAUGUACCAGUGGAGCACCCUUAACACUACUGUCUGCUUUAAGUGGACCGCUUUGUUACAGCUUAGUGUUUUAGGAUCUGGAUAUCUACAGCAUGCUUAUCCACAAUUAUGUAUUCAGUAUAGUGUUGAAGACUUUGUCUGCAUGUGUACACAACCAUUAUAUUACAUUUAAAACAUCGCUUUUAUCAUGUUUCCUGAAAUUCCUUUUCCUAAUUCUUUUUCAUUUUUAAUUUGUUGUCCUAGUUUUCAGUCCACAGGAAACCUGUACAUAUAAAUACAAGGAAAAUUGUGAUAGCACAGGUUUUAAGACCCCCCCCCCCCCCCAAUCCAUACACUCUGGUCCUGUGUGUCAUGGCAUCCUGUAUACAAUGCCAGCUUUCUGCUUUGUGUUGAAAUGGCAUCUAAUAGCUUGAUGUAAAAUAAUUUUAUUGAUUCAUAACUGUAGUUAACAUUUUGCUUAUUGUCACGCUGAUAUUCUUCUAUGAAAUAAACUGAGCAUCAAUAAAUAUGGAAAUGUG